GUUCCGGCUCCGGCUCCUCCCCCGGCCCUCUGAGGCGGCGCUGUCCCUGACCGAGCGGCGGGAGCGAGGGUUCAGAAAUGGGCAGUGAGAAGGAGCAGCAUCCAGAACAGCACCUGCCUGAGGAAGGGGACUGGGGUGAGCCCUGGAGAGUGGAUGACUCGGAGGGUUUUCAGAUCCCAGAUGGGGAGAAAGAGCACAGGCAGGAGAGCCCGUCAGAGUGUCCGCAAGAGGUCCAUCCUAAAAAGCCAUGGCAGAAAGUCACUGUCCCCACCAGAGAACCCGGGGGCCCCACGGCUCACCCGAGGCCCGAGACCGACGAGAAGCCCUUCAUAUGCACCCAGUGCGGGAAAACCUUCAAUAACACCUCCAACCUGAGAACGCACCAGCGCAUCCACACUGGUGAGAAGCCUUACAAGUGCUCCGAAUGCGGCAAGAGCUUCUCGAGGAGCUCCAACCGCAUCCGCCACGAGCGGAUCCACCUGGAAGAGAAGCACUACAAAUGUCCCAAGUGCCAGGAGAGCUUCCGGCGGCGCUCGGACCUCACCACGCACCAGCAAGACCACCUGGGCAAGCGGCCGUACCGCUGCGACAUCUGCGGCAAGAGCUUCAGCCAGAGCGCCACGCUGGCUGUGCACCACCGGACCCACCUGGAGCCCGCGCCCUACAUCUGCUGCGAGUGUGGCAAGAGCUUCAGCAACAGCUCCAGCUUCGGCGUGCACCACCGCACGCACACCGGCGAGCGGCCCUAUGAGUGCACCGAGUGCGGGCGGACCUUCAGCGACAUCUCCAACUUUGGGGCCCACCAGAGGACCCACAGAGGGGAGAAACCCUACUGGUGCACGCUGUGUGGGAAACACUUCUCCCGGAGCUCGAACCUCAUCCGUCAUCAGAAAACGCACACAGGCGAGCAGGCCGCCAGAGACGCCAGCUGAAGGGUGAAAAGGGAGAGAGGCUGAGAGACGCCAGCCUAGUGUAGGAAGAUCUCCAGGAUCUGCGACUGCCCCCUCGACCUCAAGCCCCUCAUCCCACUUUGGAGAAUGGUUUCCUGUUGCCUCUGAAGCCAGGAACUGCGGGAGGUCCUGAGAAGGGACUUGAGUAAGAAGAAGCUUUGCCGCUUUCCAGUCCAGUUUCUUGCCUUGGAAAGUUUGGAGGAUCCGGUCUUGGCUUCAUCUCCUUGGGAUGAAAGAGAAGUAGGGUAGGCUUAGUACAGGCUUGUGUCAUUAGGGCAACCAUCCCCUGGCCUUUGAGGACGUACCUGUGAGGGGGCAUCACCGCCUGAAGGUGCUCCAGAUCGUAUAGGAACCACACAGGGCCUGUUAUGGUGGCUGUCAGACCCAUCUGCUGUGCCUCGCCUUUGCUGGGAGGAGCAGCCUUCCCGAUGGAAGGGGCCUCCUCGGCCUGGAGAAGAGGUCUGGUCCUGCCUUAGGAAUCAAAAGGAAGCCCUCAGGGAGCCACGAUCCAGGGACUUUCCCAGUCCCCCAUGUCUGUGACUCAUUCCCCCACCCUAACCCACGUCUGUUCCCAGAGUGAUUAGCAGUAAAACCCUUCAAUGAAAA